CACACCCCUCCCCCUCCCGUCACCGUCUCUCUCCGUUAAUCUCCCUCUCUGCAGUCAUCAUGGCGGAAAUCAAAACGGGAAUAUUCGCUAAAAACGUGCAGAAGAGGCUGAACAGAGCGCAGGAGAAGGUUCUGCAGAAGCUGGGAAAAGCAGAUGAGACCAAAGAUGAGCAGUUUGAACAAGUGGUCAUCAAUUUCAGGAGACAGGAGUCUGAAGGUGCUCGACUGCAGAGGGAGAUGAAGGCCUACAUGGCUGCUAUUAAAGGUAUGCAGCAGGCCUCCAUCAACUUGACUCAGUCUCUACAUGAAGUCUACGAGCCCGACUGGCACGGAAAAGAUGACGUGUUGACCAUCGGGAAGGAAUGUGAUGCAUUCUGGGAAGACUUCCACAACAAACUGGUGGACUCGACGUUGCUGAACCUGGACGCGUACCUGCAGCAGUUCCCGGACCUCAAGACUCGUGUGGCCAAAAGAAGUCGCAAGCUCAUCGACUACGACAGCGCUCGCCAUCACGUAGAAACUUUGCAGGCGUCCGGGAUGAAGAAUGACCGCAAGAUGAUGAAGGUGUGCAGGUUUUCCCGUGAAGAGGUCCGGAUGUUCUGUGUAAAGCUCAUUGUCUGGAAUGAUUCUCGUUUCCAGGCGGAGGAAGAGUUAAAAAAGGCGCAGAGAGUGUUUGACGAGCUGAACGUCGGCCUCCAGGAUGAACUGCCGACUCUCUGGGACAGCCGGGUGGGUUUCUACCUCAGCACCUUCAAGAGCGUCACCAGCCUGGAGGCGAAGUUCCACCGGGAGAUCUCUCUGGUGUGCCGGGAGCUUUAUGAAGUGAUGACCAAGCUGGCGGAGCAGCACUCCGACAAGAUGUUCACCAUCCAGGGAGCUCCCAGUGACUCCGGACCGCUGCGGCUCGCCAGAACCCCGUCGCCCCCCGAAGACGAGAGCCCGCCCGAGAGCCCGGAGCCCAGCUCCAACCACAUGCUGCGACCCGUCUCGCCCGGACCGCCUCGGCCCAAAUCCCCCAUACAGCUGAAAAAGGGACCGCCGGUCCCGCCGCCGCCGAAGGUCACGCCCACCAAGGAGGUGGCAGAGGAGCAGAUCAUCGAUCUGUUCGGAGGAGAGUUUCUCCCGGCGCCUUCUCCGUCUCAGCCCAACGAGCGACCCGGAGAAUCCCUUCUCGAUCUCGACUUCGAUGCUUUCCAGCCGGAUGAAAGCGUCUCGCCGAUCCCACAGACUGCGGUACCCUGGGAUAUGUGGUCGGCGAAUUCCCAAGCGGCUCAGCCUCAGGCGGCAGACGGCGGCUUCGUGGCCGAUUGGUCCGCCGACUUCGGCUCAAUGUCGGCCAACGGCGACGCCGCCGCCUCAGGAGCCGAGGCCCCGGCCGCCCCCGGGUCUCCUUCCGCAGGGCCGGAGGCGGCGCAGGCGGAGGUGGAGGGCGGAGCUCAGAGCUGGCCCCAGGCAGAAGGCCGGCAGCCGGGUGGAGACACAGCCUCACCCACCGAGGACAGCGAAGCCCCGGCGGCUGAGGAAGAGGAUGCAGCUGGUCCCUCAUUUUUUGCUGAUUUCGAUAAGAUGGUUCCUGCUGCUGAAGAACCCAAAUCGCCUCCUGCUCAGCCAGUCCCUUCAGAAAACAUGCCGAUCCCCUCGGUGGUGAUCGAACCCGCUUCGAGCAACGAGGGUGAUGACGACCGCGACGCUGACAUAAUCUCUCCCACGACCGUCAGCGACAACGGCGUGACGGCCGCCAGCCAGCCCAUGAAGCACAUGACUCCGUCUGGGGGGGUGACGGGGCUUCCUGAUGACUUCCUGUAUAAGGUGGAAACCAUGCACGACUUCGAGGCGGCAAAUGACGAUGAGCUGGAGCUGAAGAGAGGCGAUGUGGUGUUAGUGGUUCCCACCGCUUCAGCAGAGGACCAGGACGCCGGCUGGCUCACGGGCGUGAAGGAAAGUGAGUGGCUGACCCUCGGCGUGAACGCUCACAGAGGACUUUUCCCAGAAAAUUUCAUCCAGCGUUUGGAGUAAAGAAUUCCUGCUUCUGCUGGAAGAAGAA